GUUCCCUAUCCAACUUUUUUUUGAAAGCCAUAAACAGAGCAAAUACCUUUAAUACCAAGAAAAGUCAAUGGCUAAACGACCAUUUGUCGUCUGUUACAUUUGUGGUCGAGAAUUUGGUUCAGCAUCAAUCGGCAUACACGAACCCCAAUGUCUGAAGAAAUGGCAUCAAAAAAACGAUAUGCUACCAAAAUCAGAGAGGAUGCCACCACCAGUUAAACCACAAUUAGUUCGCUCAAAUGAAUUUCAAGGUCCCGCUGACAGUCGGUCCGGUGGUGGUUAUCAGUUUGAUCUACCCACAGGUAUUACGCAAUCCGCAAGUACAUUUAAUGAGGCAGCAGCACUAGCCGCAAGUGCAAAUCUAGUCCCAUGUCCGAAAUGCGGUAGGACAUUUAAUCCCGACAGAAUUGAAGUGCACAAACGUGUAUGUAAAUCAUCAAUGUCGAAUAGACUUCAGACAGUGAAUAGUAAUAAUGCAGAAAAAUCAUUAAAAAUUACUCCUAAAUACACUAAUGAUAAUUUACUGACUAAAUGUUGUAUUUGUAAUCAAAUGAUUCAAACGCAUUUAAUGCCUAAACAUGAAUCCGAUUGUCUAAUUAAAUCGAAACAAACUUAUGAUGAUAUCUCAUUGGCUAAAAGUCAAGGUCAGCCCAUGUCUACUUCAUCCAAUCAACUAACGAAUAGAUUCCAUGAAUUAAAUUUAAAAUCAACACAGGAUAGAUUACUGCCAUGUUCAUAUUGUUCACGACGUUUCCUGCCAACAAGUUUAGAAAUGCAUUUAAAAUCAUGUAGAUCGAAAAAAGACAACACAACUAGAAAAGAAUGUCAACGUCAAUCACAGGCGUCAGGACAGCGUACACGUUCUAGAACACCAACAAAACCGAUAUCAGCAGUUUGUUAUAUAUGUGGACGUGAAUAUGGCACAUGGUCAAUUAGUAUACAUGAACCAAAAUGUUUAGAAAAAUGGCAUAGACAAAAUAAUGAAUUACCAUUGGCUAUGAGAAGACAACCACCUCAACGUCCAGCAGAUCUACCGAAUAAAGAAGCUAGUUAUCAUGAUGUUGAGAAGUAUAAUCAACAAGCCUGGGAGAUAAGUAAAGCUGCACUUGUACCAUGUAGUAAAUGUAAGCGAACAUUUAAUCCAGAGAGAAUAGAAAUACACGAAAAAGCAUGUAAAGCUAUCAGCCAAUAAUAAUUUGACGUUUAUUUUUGUUUAAAUUUACAUCAGUUAAGCGCCAAUAUUGAUUUUAAAUAUUGUACAAAUGACAACUUUUGGUUUACCUGCAUGACAUGCUUUUAUUUGACUAAUUUUUAUUUCAUUUUUGUUUUGUCUUUGUAAUUUAUAAUUUUAUUUUCAUUUGUUUUCAUUAAUUUCAAAGAAUUAUUAUUUAUUUAUUUAUUUUUAGAGGUGAGAAGAGAAGGGAUAUUCAUUUAUUGACUGACUCCAUGAUUUCACUAUUUUACAAUUAUUUUGUCAUCUCACUUUUAUUUCAU